AUGUUAAUCAGUCCAUUGAGUAGUUAUGUCGAUUCCGUACACGUCUCGGCAAACAAUGACUUCUUAUAUAACACGCUCUGGCGAAAAAAAGAGAAGAUCGGAGUGCAGGAGCCGAAAAUAGCCGAAGAGCGGCGGAGAAGAGCGAAGAUCCGGCUGGCGCGGGUAUCGAGCGGCAGUUGCGGGGAUGCAGUUGGAGGCGCUCUACACCAGCUACAGCGUGCGGCAGCGCAGGCCUGCCCUCCCCGUCUUCCUCGUAGUGUCCUUCCUCUACGACAUCUUCUGCUUGGUCCUCCCGCUCCACCAGGACACCCUCAACCGCGCCAUCUCGGCCCUCUUCGUCUGCCUCAACCUCGGCCUCCUAUUGGCCACCCGCCUGCCAGGAUCCAGGUUCACAUGGUCCGCCUUGUCCCACCUGUCGUGGCAUGCCGCCAACCUCCAGGUCCUGGCCAGGAUGUUCUUCAGCCCGGACCUGACCCCGAGGACCGAUCUGGGUUGGGUUUUGGUCCUGGAUUAUCUAGUCUACGUCACCCUUCCUUUGAGGCUUCGCUAUUGUCUCGUCCUUGCUCUAGGGAUGUCGGCAACCUAUCUCGUCAGUCUGUUCGGCCUCAGCAAGUCAGACCUCAAUCUAUAUUCUCAGGUGAGUGA